AUGGGAGUGGGGAAGAAGAGAGAUUCACAUCCUCCAGAAAGACUUUGCGGAUUUGACAAGAUAGCGGAGAAGUACCACUCGGUGUCAGGGCUGCAGGUGGUAGGACAAGAUCCUGAGCUGAUGAUGAGCCCGGUUGUGCCGUUGCUGCAUUACGAUAUGGACAAGUCAAUGGCCGUUGUUAAAGCAGAAAUCCAAAUGCCUGACGAGCAGCAGCCAGACCAGUUACAACUCCUACCACAAAGGGCCAGGAGAGCUGCAGCCGAGACAGCCCGAAUACUGCUGAACAACCGCUAUCAUGUGUUACAGGCCAAGACAGCCCGAAUACUGCUGAACAACCGCUAUCAUGUGUUACAGGCCAAGACAGCCCGAAUACUGCUGAACAACCGCUAUCAUGCCAAGACAGCCCGAAUACUGCCGAACAACCGCUAUCAUGUGUUACAGGCCAAGACAGCCCGAAUACUGCUGAACAACCGCUAUCAUGUGUUACAGGCCAAGACAGCCCGAAUACUGCUGAACAACCGCUAUCAUGUGUUACAGGCAAAGACAGCCCGAAUACUGCUGAACAACCGCUAUCAUGUGUUACAGACCGAGACAGCCCGAAUACUGCUGAACAACCGCUAUCAUGUGUUACAGGUCGAGACAGCCCGAAUACUGCUGAAUAACCGCUAUCAUGUGUUACAGGCCAACACAGUCCGAAUACUGCUGAACAACCGCUAUCAUGUGUCACUGGCCAAGACAGCCCGAAUACUGCUGAACAACCGCUAUCAUGUGUUACAGGCCGAGACAGCCCGAAUACUGCUGAACAACCGCUCACCAGGACAUGCAUUUGAAGCCAUACAGGAUGUCGAGACAGCCCGAAUACUGCUGAAUAACCGCUAUCAUGUGUUACAGGCCAACACAGUCCGAAUACUGCUGAACAACCGCUAUCAUGUGUCACUGGCCAAGACAGCCCGAAUACUGCUGAACAACCGCUAUCAUGUGUUACAGGCCGAGACAGCCCGAAUACUGCUGAACAACCGCUCACCAGGACAUGCAUUUGAAGCCAUACAGGAUACCAGUGAUAAAGACAAACAGAUGGUUCCCCUGACCUCUCCCCGGGUCAAGUCUGACCACAGAGAGUGGGCACAGCCAGGGAAACCUAUGGCUAAUGUUUUCUUCACACCUAAGCCUUGA